AUGUCCGGCGAAAUAUUCCUGGCCUUCUCGACCGGCAAUGAGAUUCCCGUCAACCAACCUCGGCCGCCAGAGGGUGAAAGUAAAACAAUGAUCGAAGAAGUCAAGGCUGUGGAAGAUUCGGCGUUGUCUUCCUUGUUUGAGGCUACCGCAGAGUGUGUGGAAGAAGCAAUCUACAAUUGUUUGUUCAUAGCAGAGACGAUGCAGGGAGUCGAGGGACACAGGGUAGAAGCGCUGCCUCUGAAGAGGGUCAAGGAGAUCAUGAAGGAGUACGGAAGAGCGCACAUGAUCUGA